CCAAAUACAUGUCUGUCGGGUACCCCACUAGUACUAAAGGCUUGCGCGUUUAUGAUCUUGACACCCAUCGUUUCUUUCACACCCGUGAUAUCUCAUUUGAUGAGAGUCAAUUCCGGUUUUCCAUAACCACAAAGUCCCCCGAAACCCCAAAUUCCCCUCCCCUAGCCGAUUUCCCAGAAUUCCUGAUGUCCAACCCGUCGGCUCUCCCUACACAGCCGGCCGAACCGGCUAUCCCAACGGUCCCGAUCACUCAGCCAGCCCAGCCUGAGGACCACAGCGCCGGCGACAACAACACUGACACUCCCAACGAUACAGCCGUCGUACCCCAUUCUCAUCCACAACAGCAGCAUCGUCAGCCUUCCCAUCUUAAUGAUUAUAUCGUUAGUUCUGUUCAAUCUAAUGCUUCCUUGUGUGCCUUUCCUACUCGAUAUUCGUCUUCAGCAGCUAAUAAUAACAAUAACAAUAAAGAUUGGGGGAGUAGUCGUUGUGCAGCGUGCAAGCAAUUGAGAAGGAGAUGCCCUUCGGAUUGCAUAUUUAUGCCAUAUUUCCCACCAAAUGAUCCUCUUAGAUUCGCUUCUGUUCACAGAAUCUAUGGCACCAACAAUGUCGCCAAGAUGCUCCAGGAAGCGGAAGAGCACCAACGAGCAGACGUGGCAGAGUCGUUGUACUACGAGGCACAAUGUCGGCUGAAUGAUCCAGUGUACGGCUGCGUGGGAAUGAUCGCCGUUCUGCAGCAGGAAAUCCAGCGGUGUGAGUGGCUGUUGGCGAAGGUGGAAGCACAGAUCCAGCUCCUCAAGGCUCAAGCUGCUGUGGUUGUUGAUCCAAAUUCACAUUGAUUUCAUCACAAUGUCAUAGUAUAUUCAUUGGCUGCUGUUUUAAUUUUU